GGGGGCGGGGGGUGGGGGCGGCCGCCGAGCGCCGAAGCGGGGGCCCGGGCCGAAGGCGCGGCGGGGCUGCGCGCACGCUGGGGCGCGUGGAGGGGCGCCGAGGGCGAGAUGAGUCUGGUGGGGGGCUUCCCCCACCAUCCGGUGGUGCACCAUGAGGGCUACCCGUUCGCCGCCGCUGCCGCCGCCGCCGCCGCCGCCGCCAGCCGCUGCAGCCACGAGGAGAACCCCUACUUCCACGGCUGGCUCAUCGGCCACCCCGAGAUGUCGCCCCCCGACUACAGCAUGGCCCUGUCCUACAGCCCCGAGUACGCCAGCGGCGCCGCCGGCCUGGACCACUCCCAUUACGCGGGGGUGCCGCCGGGCGCCGGGCCCCCAGGCCUGGGGGGGCCGCGCCCGGUGAAGCGCCGGGGCACCGCCAACCGCAAGGAGAGGCGCAGGACUCAGAGCAUCAACAGCGCCUUCGCCGAGCUGCGCGAGUGCAUCCCCAACGUGCCCGCCGACACCAAGCUCUCCAAGAUCAAGACACUGCGCCUGGCCACCAGCUACAUCGCCUACCUCAUGGACCUGCUGGCCAAGGACGACCAGAACGGCGAGGCGGAGGCCUUCAAGGCGGAGAUCAAGAAGACAGAUGUGAAAGAAGAGAAGAGGAAGAAGGAGCUGAACGAAAUCUUGAAAAGCACAGUGAGCAGCAACGACAAGAAAACCAAAGGCCGGACGGGCUGGCCGCAGCACGUGUGGGCGCUGGAGCUCAAGCAGUGAGCGGGAGGAGCCGCCGCAGAGCGGGGGUGAGCCGGGGCCCGCAGCCCGACGCAGGCCCAGCGCCCCGGGCAAGCUCCCGCUCUCCGCUCUGAGGACUUCUUGCAUUUGGAAUCAUCCGGUUUAUUUAUGUGCAAUUUGCCCCCCCCUUUUUGCACCCCCCCUUGAGGCAUCCGCUCCCCACCACCCCCUCCAAAAAAAAAAGUGGAUAUUUGAAGAAAAGCAUUCCAUAUUUUAAUAUGAAGAGGACACUCCCGCGUGGUAAGGGACCCCGUCGUCUUGUAGCUUCUCUGUGUGUGAAUGUUCCCUUCUGGCUGUGUAGACACCAGCGCUGCCCCCUCUCCACCUACCCAACCCCUUCCCGAUAAAGAGCGGGCAAUAGUGUGUACGUGAAGUGUACCUUUAAUACUUGGCCUUUGGAUAUAAAUAUUCCUGGGGAUUAUAAAGUUUUUAUUUCAAAGCAGAAAGCGGGGCCGCUAGCAUUUCCGUUGGGGUCACUGUAUUCAUCUGUGGUCGUUCCCUAUUGGAAGAUGUUUCCAACAGCUACUUGUUUUGUGCACUUCCGUCCUCUAAGACUAAGUGGAAUUUAAUUAAUAUUGAAGGUGUAAACGUUGUAAGUAUUCAAUAAACCACUGUGUGUUUUUUUUU